CUAUCAGAGAAUAAUGAACACCUUUGCUUGUCCAUCAGUGUUCAUGUUUGCAGCCUUCUCACUGACGAAACAUCUUGAUUUGGACGGAUUUGUUCGCACUCCGAAACAUGUCCUCUUUGACAUCCUUGUCUUCCGGACAACAAAACCAAUUAUGAUACUGACUUUCGUGAGUGACACUGCAAGGGAGGAGAGUGUUCUCUUUUAUAACGCUCGACUUUCAAAGUUUGCCUUAAGGGGCAUCAAUGAAGACUUAAAGUUGGACCUGUCGGUCAUACAUGGUGUUCUCGGUGAAGAAGAUUGCAUCAGUGAUGCCGUAUUCACUGAGACGAUUCGACAGUUGGAAAGUAAUACCACAGUGUUUGCACUCCCGCUGUCUCUUCAAAUGGACAGUAAUUUACACGGAAAGGUGGUGAAGAGCUUCCUGACACGAUUUGAAGACAGGGAAAGUUCCAAACAGCUUAAGGACAUGACCAAACCGGAGAAAGACGUUUCUGAUCAAACCGAAUCAGGUACCACCAUGAAGAUUCAUCCUUCAAUGAAGUCAUCAUUGCCAUCAAGUUCUGGUUUUGGUACUUACAUAAAUGAAACAGACAUCGAAGCCGAGGAACUGGAUGUUUUGAGGGAUGAUGAUUCUCUUAUUUUGGAGGAAGGUGAAGAGGAUGAAGAUGCUGUUAUGGAAAGCAGACACAAAGACGAGGUCAAGAAAUUAAGACGCAAAGUAAGGCAGUUAGAAGCAGAACUAAAGGUCGAGCGUUGGAGAACUGUUCAAACUACACUUGCAGCUGGUUCAGAUAGAGAAGCUUUACCUGACCACCACCAUGUCCAAACACAUACAGUUUCAGAAGGAUCUACACAAACAGAAGUGCCUCAUCUUGCUGUGGCAGAUUUGAACGACACGAAAUCUGAGAAGAAGCCAAAACAAGAUAUUGUUGAAUCAAAACGGCACAUUGCCAGAAAUAUAUCUAUGACCUUCUUGUUAAGAAAAAGAGACUUCCGUGGUAAAACGUGGUAAACUAGUAAAGGCUGGAAAACAAUAAAUUUUUCUAGUAAAGAUACAAGAGGACAAUACGGAAGGACAGCGGUCAUGAUGGCAGCUCACAUGGGUCACAUUUCUGUGUUCUAUUCCCUAGUGGACAAAGGCUGUAACCUGUCCUUGAAAGAUGCUGAUGGCGAUAAUGUUCUUCAUCUGGCCUGUAUAAGUGGAAAUAUUGACAUUGUCAGGUAUCUCCUUUCCAGAGAUGACAUUGACAAAGACAGAAGAGGGAAAUAUGGCGACACUGCUGUAAGGCUUGCUGCUGUGUAUGGAC